CUCAUUUUGCCUAGGUGCCCUUUCGGGAUUUCAUCCCAACUUCCCACAUUUUUCUGUUUUAAUCCUCACAACUCACUCUCAUUUUUUGCUUUAUUUUUGCUUAAGUUGCCCUUUCAGGUUUUCAACUUAACAAGCUUUUUUACUAUAUUUUUUUUUACAAGAAUAAAGAGUAUGAAUGUGAGUAUUCCAUAAAACUCUUAGUAUAUCAAAGAAUAUUAAUUUGUCAUCUUAGCAACACUCCUCAAUAUUAAUAUAGAGGAAGAAAAUACCAUUCUAACUAAUGUCGAGAUGUUAACUAAUUGUCAUCUUAGCAACACUCCCCAACAUUAAUAUAGAGAUGAUAUUAAGGAAAGAACUAUUAAUUAAUAUUCAAGGAAAGAAGUUAAGAAAAUAACUCACAACUUUAAUAAUCAACAAGCUUCAAGAGCAACACCAAGAAUGGAAGUUUAGCUCCUCAUUUGGAGGCUAAACAUAGCUAGAAAAACAUAAAGAAAUGCUAUUCUAAACUGAGCUAAAGAGAAUGGAAGAAGGGAUGCUUUUUUGUGAAGAAAAAGUGUGCUAUUUAUAGGUGUUUUUCAACACCUUUGGACGGGUACCCGACCGGGUCAAGUACUCACCCGACCGGGUCCAUGUCAAAAUCAAAUAUCCUCCACGUUCUGGCGAUCUUUAGCAUGUUAAAGUGUCCGGGUCAAGUCAGACCCGAUCGGGUGGGGUAGGGGAGCCGACCGGGUGAGUGCAAAAAUUGGAUAUUCUUCACGUUCGGGUGAUCUUUGCACAAGGGGUUGUCCCCGGUCACUUCUCACCCGACCGGGUGAGGUACUGGGCCCGACCGGGCCAUGCACUUUCUUUGCAUUUUCGUUUUUCACUUCUUACCCGACCGGGUCAAGUCUUAUACCCGGUCGAGUAUUUGCUCCUGGGCAGCCAAAUCUUCUUUUUUUUACUUCAAAGUCUCCCUUUCCAAAACCACAAAUCCUAACUAAACUUUACAACUGACAAAUAUAGACUAAGAUACAAUUACAACUGAAAUCACAUAAAUGUUUAAAAACUAAAUAAAACGUCAAACAAUUAACAUAAAUCAAACAUAAAAACAUGUACUUAUGCACUACUAAUUAGUGUGCAUCAGAGUGUAUAUUCGAUAUGUAUUAAGCGUGGUUUACAACGGGGAAAUGGGGUGCUAUUUAUAGUAGCAAUAAAUGCCAGACAGGGACACGUGUCAAGUAUUCAUUGGCCGAGGGAUCACCUCAACUGGUUGGCGCUGGCAAUCGCAUGUGGCCGCAUUUAAUGCGGCUGUUGGACGUGACGUCGUACUUGGUACGGUGAUUCAUACACAUGUGGAGCGGAUAUUAUGUCGGGAAAGGUGCCCUCGGCUGCAGGUGAUUAGCCGAGGGCUCUGAGUACCGGGGACCUCCUUAGUGCCGAGGGCUCUAGUUGCCGAGGGCUACUGAUUUUCACCGUUUUCUCCCAGUAACUUUGUUUUCCAGAUUUGGCCAUCCUGUGAGAAUUGGAGCCUUCGGCCAGGGGAGCGAAGACACCCCUAGUGCGCCACGUGGGUUGCUUGGUACUUGGAGCGUCGUGAUUUGGGUCUGAUGUGCUUCAUGGGCCUAUUGGGCCUCCAUUAGAAUAGUAGGAGUCUAUGGGUCGGGGGUUCCUGGGCCAUAUACUCCAUCAGGAGUCCCUCACUCCUUUUGCUGAAAGGUACUUGAGGGAAAAGGAGUAAUUGUGUUUGUCCUCUGUCGUUGUUCCGUUGUAGUUUGUAGAGUUGUGGGUAUUUUUGCUUGUUCAUUUAUUCUGCCGAGGGCAGUCCCUCAGUUACCCACAUGUUGGGACUUGAGGGGUCAUGUUUGCUGUUUACGGGAGUUUUUAGCAUUUUGCGGUUUUUGUGAUUUUUCCCGAGGGGGGUCUCCAGUCCCCCACUCCUUGAGGCACUUGCAAAGUGGUGAAAAGGAGUAGAGUAAUCAUGUUGCUGUUUUGGGCCGAAGGCUGACGCUUUUCGUUUCAUUUUGGGGGGAUGCCUCGUUAAAAACCUCAUUAGGAAAAACCCUGUGGGAAAAAAUCCUAAUGAGGGAAAAAGAGUGCACCGAAUUCCGCCAACGAUGAAUCGAAAAUGUGAGGCCCUGGUUUGAAAUGGAGUACAAUGCUGAUGCCGAAGGCUAUCCUUGUUCUGAGGGCGCGUGUGUUGAUUAGCCGGAGGCUUGCUGUUGAUAUCCUUGGAGUGCCAAAGGGGAGUCCCUCAAUCUGGGGAUCGAGGGCGUGAUGAAUGUGAGUAGUAGUUGAAGUAUUACCGGGGGGUCCCCUGUUUGUUGAUCAGUUGGUGAGGUGGAUAUUCGAGGGCUCCCGUUACCUGUGUGCCGUAGGCUAUCCGUCAAUGAGGGGUACUUCCCGGGGGCUGCCCGGUCCUCAAAGUGCUGAGGGGGGAAUCCCCGAGGGGUGUGCCUGUUACGAAACCGUGGGCUUCUGAAGGAGUGAGCCCGAAGGCAUUUGUUAUGUAGUGUGAGGGGCAUAAACUGGGAGCAUCUCGGGGUAAGUGUACCCGGGGGCUCCUCUUGAUGAAGUGUAGUGAAGUAAAAAGCCCGGGGGCUAGUUUCCUGGUUGAUGAAGGAGUGGUCUGCUAAAUAUAGCCGGGAGCUCUCAGAACAUAGCCGUUGUAAAUAUAGCCGUUGGAAUACCUAACGUCAAAAAUAUAGCCAUUGGGGGGGCUUCCACGUGGUGCGUGCUCGUUGGCCGCCCGUGGGCGGGUGUCACCGAUUGGGCAACUCGUCGGUUGGCAAUGAUGAUUUUGUACCGGAGGCCCGGUUUUCAGGCCCAAGCCCGGAUUAAUGCGCCUAUAAAUACCCCAAGGUCAGGCCACUUUUCCCUGUGCGAUAUCAUUGUAGUGAAGCUCUGCCGGAUUUUUUCUAGAGAGAGAAACACUUGCCCUCGAUCUAAUGCCCGUUCCAAGGCCAGUUCCCACCUGCUCUUCUCCUCUCUUAGUUAGCUGUGCCUAGCGGUCUUAGGAGUUGUACUUAGGAAUCGUAGCUUAGGGCACUUAGCAUUCCUGAACCCCUGAGCUAGCACAGACGAUGUCUUCACAAAGCAACUCUCAAGAUAUCUCGGGGGCGCCCUCAAUGGAGGUGGAAACCGUCUCGGACGUGGAGUCCACAAGUGAACAGCCCUCAGUGGGACGAGAUGUCGUCAUAGCAAUGGAGCUGCAGAGAGCCCUCGUCGCCGAGGUGGAAGCCGAGGGCUUCGAACAAGAAUGCGAGGAUGAAGAGGUGGCCCUCGCCUGGUAGGUAGUUGAGGAAGAGGCACAGAGAGAGGGCGCGAGGGUCACCGUCGCUGUUCUCCCCCCUCGCGGCGCUGGUGAGGCCAGCACCUCUCAGCCGUUGAACGCGGUCCCCCUCCGGGUGGCCCCCGGGAAAAAGAAGACGAAGGGUGCUGCUUCCAAGAAGAAAGGCAGCGUCGCAGACCAAGGGAAGCCCAUCGAUAUGCCCGAGGGGUAUUCCUACCUGAAUACCGCCGUCCUAGAGAUAAGGUCGAAGGCUGAUGAGGCGGAUUUCUACGUCACCCAGUUACAUGUGGGGCCCUCGGCCGUAGUGGUGGCACCGGGUCCUGAUGAUGUCCUCUCCCGGGCUCCCGAGGGCUGCAUCGCCGUGCACAUCCUGUCCGUAUCGAUGGGGCUCCGGUUCCCCCUACACCCAUUCCUUCGGGAAUACCUUCGGUACGUGGGUUUGGUCCCCUGCCAAUUGACGCCGAACAACCACUCAUACAUCGCGGGCUUCCUCCAUCUCUGCAAGUCCCGGGGGGUAACGCCUAGCCUAGACCUGUUCUUUCAAAGUUUCAAUUUGUGCCGGGGGGGGGGGGGGGGGGGGGCAUGCGAAUGCCGAGGGCUUCGCGAACUUGCAGCAGGUGGCCUUGUUCAAGCUGUUUACUGAGGCGCCCUCCUCAAACAAAGGGUGGAAAGACCGAUGGUGCUACGUAAAGUUAGCCGAGAGCCCCUUCCCGAGGGAGCUGUGUGAUCGGUUCAGAAGGCACGAGAAAGUGAGGAGCGCCGCCCUCGAGAAGGACGGGAGGAUCCUGGCCAAGAUCCCGGAGGGCCGAAAUAAAAAUAUAGCCAUCAAGGAGUGCACUCAAGAGGAGGACCUCUACACCCUCGGGUUCCGACAGUAUCGCUUCCUGGGGGAAACAGAUGAAAAGUACCCGGUGUUCGAUGGAGCCUCCGGGGGUUUAGGAGGUAGCAGCCGAGGGCACCUUUAUUCUCGUACUUAGCACAUAGUAUGAUUUUUUUUUGUACUUUCAUGCCAUUUGUCAAUGACCCGUCGGCCUGACCUCAUAUUGUGUUGCAGGUAUCCCGGUCUCCAAGAUGAACGUCAGGGGGCUUGCUGAUCUGAAGAAGAAGUCCUCCAAGGUCCCGAAGGGGACGGAUGCGGGCAUGCAGAAGCCCGCCGGUGACUUCUUCAAGAAGUCCGAGGGGCCGUCGAUGGUCCCAAGCGCUGACGCUGACGCCGCCGCCGCGAAGAGAAAGGCCGCGGGCAAGGCUCCCGAGGGCAAGAGGCCAAAAAAGGGGGAUACCGGGAAGAAGGAUCCUCCCUUGGUCGUCAUAGAUGAGUGCCCCGCCUCCGGGACGCAUGUAACACUUGAGAUUUAAUUUAAACGGAUUAAUAGUACUAGUCAUACCAAUAAGGUGCAUCGCCUACGGGGCCGGGGUGUUACAAGUGGUAUCAGAGCAACCCUGCGACAGUGUGUUGAUCCGUUGGAUAUCGGGCGGGCACUUAGCAGGGGAAAAGAUUCUGGGAUAUGAUUGAGAUUGGUUUAUGGGCGCAACGAGGACGUUGCGUUCCUAAGUGGGGGUGAUUGUAACACUUGAGAUUUAAUUUAAACGGAUUAAUAGUACUACUCAUACCAAUAAGGUGCAUCUCCUUUUAAGGGAGCUCAUUAGCUAAGUACUCCAAAGUUAAGCGUGUUUGCACAUGAGUAGUCUUGGGAUGGGUGACCCCUUGGGGAGUUUCUCAGGGCGCGCACGAGUGAGGACAAAGUGCGCGGAAAAGGCUAGUGGCGGUUUGUGAGGACAGUACUAGAGGUCAGAAGUAACUGCCCCGGGACCUACGGGGCAUGGGUGUUACAACGCAUGUGGAGAUGCCGGUGGCUGAAGUGCCGAGGGGUGUCCGGGAGCCACCCUCCGAGGUUCUGCAGGUUUCUCUUCCGAGGGGACAGCCGUCAUGAACUGCACGGUGGACCCGAGGGUGCUUCUGAGGGGCAUGAGCCCCGAGAUUGACAGAACCGCCCUCGGGGCUGAUGAUGACCUUGCCCUCGAGGACAAGAUCCUCCAGUCUUCCCUCACUGUAAGUUUCUUCUUGGAUUACCGUUUUACUUUGCGCUAGGAUAUAUUGUACAGCUUUCCUAACUUCUUUGUAACUUACAGGCUUGCAUUGCCCUCGGCGAACAGGCCCGGAGGCUGGAGGAGUGGCGCCUGCACAAGGCCGAGCAGGACGCGAAGAUGCAGGAGCUCGUCUGCCAGAACUCUGAUGCCAUCAGGCAGAUGGCUGCACUGGAGGAGAGCCUUUGGCAGAUGACGCUGCGGGCGAAGGCCGCAGACCGGGGCAAAUCCGAUGCUGAGAGGUCCGCAGCUGAAGCCCUCGAGAGAGCCGCCAAGGAGGCCGAGGCCGCCAAGGCGGAUGCCGUCGCAAAGGCCCGAGAGGACGCCGUCUCCGGAUUUUUGGCGGGGGGGGGGGGGGGGGUGGAAAGCCGAGGAGCACAAACAGUGGUUUUCCUCGGUCGUGGAGUCCUCCGUCGAUGAAUGGUGCGACGGCCCCGACAUGGAGUGGGUUUCCCGAAAGGGCAAACAGUACUACGAUGGGGGCGAGUUUUUUACUCAGGCCCUCAUCUACCGGAGGAUGGCCCGUCAUUUGAAGAUCGAUCAAAAAGACUUCGACCCGGCGGCAUACGACCUUCCUCCCCUGCAGCCAGAUGUCCGUGUUCCUCUCCCCUUAGAUGUCGAAAGGCCAGACCUAGAAGAUACUGAGCUGAUGAAGGAGGCCGAGGGGGACGAUGCAGAGGCCGACAUAGAGGUCACCUCAAAGCCUGCGGAAGAGGCUGCCUCCGGGGCUGAUAAUAGUUGAUUUGUAUUUAGCACAUUUUGAACAAUUCUGUUGUAACGAAUAUUUGUAUGCUCCCGGCCUCGGCCAUUUUGUAAUGCACACUUUAACUUCUCCAUCUUUUUGAUGAAUGAAUACCUGCCUUCAGGCUUUUUGUAUAUAAUUCGUUUCCUUUGAUUGUUUUCCUUUGAAUGUAUGCCUUCGUCCUUUCUGAAUGUAUGCCUUCGUCUUUUCUGAAUGUAUGCCCUCAUCUUUUCUGAAUGUAUACCUUCGUCUUUCUUUGAAUGCGUGUUAGGACUUAGAAUAUAUUCCUCUAAGUAUAGUGUCUCUUGUAGCCCUCGGCUACUAGGACCCUUUAGUUAUCUGAACGUUUCGCCGAGGGCCCAAUGUUCAGGACUUAGAAAUUUUUCUAAGUGUUGUUCAUCUGUUGGCCCCCGGCUAAUUCCUUCCCUCUGGUUCUGUGUAGCCUUCAUGAGAUAACCAGAGGCAAGGUGCUUAGGACUUAGAAAAUUCUUCUAAGUGUUUGGAUACCGUUCAGCCUUCAGUACGAGGGUACCCUUCGCUGCACGGGUAUAUAACCGAGGGCUCAGAAUACUCAGGACUUAGAAAAUAUUUCCAAGUGCAGUUUUAUCAAGCCUUUGACUGUGUGGCCCCUCUGGCUGCAUGGAGAUUUGACCGAGGGUCAAAAACAAUUGGGACUUCGAAAAUUUUCUAAGUGUAGUUUGUAUGAGGGAGGAGCCUUCGGGUGAAUGUGAGGACAUUGUCUCAGAUGUGCCUUCGGUUGGCUGGUGGCUCCACAGGGGCAAAGUAUUUAGGACUUAGAUUAUUUUCUCUAAGUAUUUCCUGCUGCUGGCAUUCGGUAGGGGACCCUUCGGCUGUAUACUUUGUGGGCCUAGAACCGUUUAUUUUGUCUUGCAAGGUUGGCCUGCGGUAACAAAAGCCUUCGGCUGUUUAUUAUGUUCCCCAAUGUUGAUAUAGGAGAGUUUGUAAUCCAAGUCUAGCAUAAAAAGGCAGACUCCCUCGGGAAUUGUCUGGGUGUAUCCCCUCAGCAUGUAGUGAGGUGCCGGAGGUGAUUCUUGCUUUGAUUUGGCCAACAUUUGAUAGUUUUGUCAUAGAGUAGCCUUCGGGAACGUUUUGAGUUGUUGUUGGGUGAGCCUGUCAUUUUUUGUAGGGUUUGAGCCUUCAGUUUUGAUAUAGCCGGAGGCAAUCAUGGAGUGGACUUGGCCAUUUGUUGAUGAUGUCUGUUGUGAAUGGUAUCAUUGGUACUUAUGAGCUUCCAGGUAUGACAUUCAUGUAAUUUCCAUGCUUACGUUUAUGUUUUUAUUAGUUUAGAUUGAUUAUUACCUUGGAAAUUACACACUUUUGGUGUAAUAGUUUUAGUUGUAAAAAUGUUUGUAAUUUGUUUAGAUUAGGUUUAUACUGAGCUCAAACAGGUCCAAGAUCACUCUAGGGACCAUUGGUGAACAUCACAAAUGGAAGGAGGGUGCAAAAAAUCUCAAGAUUCUGAUUUUUGGUGUUGUACCCGGUCGGGUAUGACCUAUACCCGAUCGGGUACCUUGUUGAAAAAUCAAAUCGGAUCGGAUCCGGGACAAGACAACGUGCAGGGGAGAUUUUGGCACGAUCAACUGUUCAUACCCGAUCGGGUGGCCGACAUACCCGAUCGGGUAUAACCUAGUUUUUUAUAUUUCCGCGAAGCAACCAAGUACCCGAUCGAGUGCCCUUACAGCCCGAUCGGGUACACGACCCUGCAAGCCUAAAAAGCCUAUAAAUACCCCCCUUUCCUUCCCACAAAAAUCACUAAUUCAUAUAUACUUCUAAGCUCAGUCUAGAAUAGUUCUUUCUUUAUAUUUUCUUCAUGUUUAGUCCCCAAAUGAGGAGCUAAACUCUUCCAUCUUGGUUUUGCUACUUUGAAGCUUAAUGAAUUUGUAAGUUGUGAGUUAUUUUCUUUAAUCUUCUUCCUUGAAUAUUAAUUAUUUCCUAUUCAUAUUCCAUAUUAAUAUUUUCAGCAUUACUUAAAGGAUCAACUAGUUUUGUUUCAUAUAUUAAUUAUUACUAGAAUCAAUCGAUUAAUACACUUGUUAUUAACUCGGUUCUUUCAACGGUAGUAAAACUUGGAUUAUUAAUGCAUGCGUCUCAUGGUUAAUAAUCUAAGGGGAAUUAAUUAUAUUGAUUAAACCAAUAAACCGCUUGUGUUGAGGUUAUCAAUCUCAAUCGUUUUCAUCUUAAGUUUAUUGCUACUAUCGGGCUAAUAUACGACGCGUGUUCUAUAUUAACUCGGUAGUAAGUUUUAUUAAUGAACGCGUCUCGUUAUUAAUAACUACCCUCGAUGAACUGGAUAUACUCCUCGAUUGAGUAUUCGAGAGGAAGAUAGUUAAAGAUAUAACCGGGAUCGACGAACAUUUCAUUAAGUGGAUAAAAGCAAAACCAAAUCCUCAUCUCUAUUAAUCAAAAUCAUAUAGGUUGUUCAUCUUAGUAUUAAUUAAAUUCAAUCAAAUCAAACAUACCCCCCCCCCCCUGUUACUAUUUAUAUAAGAGAAAAGUAUUCCUUUCCCUGUGGAUACGAACCUUACUACACUAUACUACGUAUUAGUGUUGUAUUGAUUAAUUAUUUUGAGUGCACCUCACGACAAGUGCACGUCAAAUUUGGCGCCGUUGCCGGGGAAAGGCAAUUAUUUUUUCUUUUACUGUAUUUCAAAAAAAAAUUAAAUAAAAAUAUAAAGAGUUCUUAUUUCUUCUAUUUCUGAGCUUGGUGAAGUAUAUGGUUAAACAUCGUUCCAUAAACGAAAUCACAUAUCAAACAAACCCGGAAAUAGAGCAAACUUUCGAGCGGUUGAAAAAUAAAUUUUCUAGUACCGACUCGGAGGAAUUAUCUACCGGAGAUACAUCCAGCGCUAGUUCUCAUUCUAGCGAAACCGAAGAGCCAAUAACUAUGGCUCUCGAAACAAGAACUUUGAGGGAGCUCACAGCUCCAAACUUAAAUCAACAACCCUUAUGUAUCACCUUCCCAACUCUUGAUGAGAGUGCUACAUUUGAGUUGAAAUCUGGACUCAUACAUCUACUCCCAUCUUUCCAUGACUUAAGAGGGGAGGACCCAAAUAAACACCUCUCGAAGUUCCAUGUUGUUUGCACAAGCAUGUGCCCCAAUGGAGUCAUCGAGGAACAAAUAAAAUUGAGGGCCUUUCCAUUCUCCCUAAAAGAUACCGCCAAAGACUGGCUAUUCUACCUUCCUUCGGGAAGUAUAGGUACAUGGGCGGCCAUGAAGAAAGCUUUCCUUGAAAGGUACUAUCCUGCUUCUGUCUCCUCAUCUCUCAAAAAGCAAAUCAGCAAUGUGGAGCAAAAAGAUGAUGAAUCGUUCUAUGAAUAUUGGGAACGAUUCAAGAAACUUUGUGCGAGCUGUCCAUACCAUGGCUACUCGGAGCAAGACCUCAUCCUAUACUUUUAUGAUGGUCUUUGCAAUGAUGAUAGGUGAAUGAUCAACGCCGCAUGUGGAGGGGGGAUCGUCAACAAGACUCCUUCUCAAGCUAUAAAUCUUAUCUCGGAAUUGGCCGAGAAUUGUAGACAUCACAACGGGCGAUCAUCAACAAAAAGAGUCAUGGCGGCGGAAUCAUCAUCAUCAUUGGAGAGUCAAGUUGCCGGCUUGACUUCUUUGGUUAAGGAUUUUAUUUUGAAUUCCAAGACCCAAGAAGUCAAGGUCUGCGGCAUUUGUACACAACAGGGGCACCCCACCGACUCAUGCCCAACUCUCCAAGAAGACAACACCGAGCAGGUCAACGCUUUGGGAUUUCCCAACCAAAAGAGGUACGAUUCUUAUGACAAUACUUAUAAUCCCGAGUGGAGAGAUCACCCCAAUUUGAGAUAUGGGAAUCCGCAAGGAAACCCACAACAAAAUAACCCUCCACAAAAUCAAUUUCCUCAAAAACAACCAUACUCUAAACCCCAAAGCCAAGGCUCAAAUAUGUCCACCGAGGACAUGAUCCGAGCACUCACCACUAAUGUCUCAACCAUGCAACAAAACAUGGUUCAAUUUCAACAUGAGACAAAAUCCAGCAUACAAAACCUUGAGAACCAAAUGAGCCAAAUCUCAAGUGCGGUGAGUAGGCUCGAAGCUAAGGAUUCGGGAAAGCUUCCAUCUCAAACAAAGCCGAAUCCUAGGCAACAAGCUCAUGCGGUCAUAUUGAGGAGUGGCAAGGAGUUGGUUAUUGCCAAAGAAAAAAUCAAGAGCCACAUUGGCGAAGAAGAGGAAGAAGAGGAGUUUGUAGAAAAAGCUCAACCGGAGGAGGAUAAAACUCAAACCUCAAAUCCAACGCCGGUCAUCCCAGAAAUUGAAGCACCUUUUCCCGAGGCUCUGAGGGAAACAAGAAGGGUGGAGAAGGAUAAAGACAUCUAUGAGACAUUCUCCAAAUGUGAGGUAAAUAUUCCUCUCCUUAACUUGAUAAAGGGUGUUCCUAGAUUUGCAAAUUUUUUUAAAGAGCUAUGUACAAUAAAAAGGAAACAUAGACUCAAUGGAAAACAAAAAGUCCAAGUUAGUGAACGUGUUUCAGCGGUCUUUCAAAAGAAACUCCCCAAAAAAUACAAUGACCCGGGCAUGUUCAUUAUACCUUGUAAGUUGGGAGGUACUACGUUUUCAAAGGCCAUGCUAGAUUUAGGAGCGUCAAUUAAUGUCAUUCCUUACUCCUUAUUCAAAUCACUUGAGCUUGGCCCUCUAAAUGAAACUGGAGUAGUCAUUCAACUUGCGGAUAGAUCAAAUGCUUAUCCUAAAGGUACUGUCGAAGACAUACUAGUUAUGGUUGAUAAUUUGAUCUUUCCCGCUGACUUUUAUGUUUUGGAAAUGGAGAAUGAUAAAAAUGCGGUUCCUAUCCUUUUAGGAAGGCCAUUUUUAAAAACCGCUAGAGCAAAAAUUGAUGUUUUUAGCGGAUCUUUAACAAUGGAAUUUGAUGGAGAUAAGGUUGAAUUCAACAUUUAUGACUCCAUGAAAUACCCAAAUGAAGAUCAUUCUUUAUUCGCCGUUGAUAUUAUUGAUCCUCUUGUACAAAACACUUUUGAAAUAAAUGGAGAGGAUGAAUUGUUGAGCGUGAUUGAGAAUGAUUUCGGGGACAAUUCUCUAGAACUUGCCUUGACUCCCAACAUACAAGCCAUGAUGGUGGAGUUGGAUAACCAUUUCCAACUUCCACUUAUGCCACUGGGGUCAAGAGCAUUUCCACUAACCAUCCCUGAAGAAAAGCCUUUGCCUUCUAUUUUGCAGGCCCCCGAAGUUGAGAUGAAGCCACUCCCAAAACAUUUGAAAUAUGUGUUUUUGGGAGAAAAAGAGACCUUGCCGGUUAUAAUCUCCAACAAAUUGACCCAAGAGCAAGAAGGAAAGCUGGUUGCGGUGCUCAAAAAGCAUAAACUUGCAAUUGGAUGGACUAUAGCCGACAUCAAGGGCAUUAGUCCAUCCACUUGCAUGCACCGUAUCUUGAUGGAGGACGAAGCAAAGCCGGUGAGGCAGCCCCAAAGAAGAUUGAACCCACCUAUGAUGGAGGUGGUAAAAAAGGAGGUCAUCAAGCUACUACAAAUGGGGAUCAUCUUCCCCAUUUCCGAUUCAAAAUGGGUUAGCCCAACCCAAGUUGUUCCUAAGAAGACCGGAGUCACGGUGGUGGAGAACAAGCAUGGAGAACUUAUGCCCACCCGAAUUCAAAAUGGGUGGAGGGUGUGCAUAGAUUACCAUAGACUCAAUGCGGUAACUAGAAAGGAUUUCUUUCCUUUACCCUUCAUUGAUCAAAUGCUUGAGAGACUUGCCAGGCAUGAGUUCUAUUGUUUCCUUGAUGGCUACUCCGGGUACUUUCAAGUACCCAUAGCCCCCGAAGAUCAGGAGAAGACCACUUUCAUUUGUCCAUUUGGCACCUUUGCAUAUCGACGCAUGCCAUUCGGACUAUGCAAUGCCUCGGCCACAUUCCAAAGAUGCAUGAUGAGCAUAUUCUCUGAAUAUGUUGAGCUAUUUAUGGAAGUUUUUAUGGAUGAUUUUACAAUCCAUGGAGACUCAUUUGAUUCAUGCCUAUACCAUCUAUCUCUUGUAUUAAAAAGAUGCUUAGAAUCAAACCUUGUUUUGAACUCGGAAAAAUGCCACUUCAUGGUGGAAGAAGGAAUUGUUCUAGGCCAUGUCAUCUCAUCAAAGGGUAUAGAGGUAGACAAGGCCAAAGUUGAAGUCAUCCAAUCACUCCCUUAUCCUACCACCGUUAGGGAGAUACGAUCAUUCCUUGGACAUGCAGGUUUCUAUCGAAGAUUUAUUAAGGAUUUCUCAAAGAUCGCAUCUCCUUUGUGCACACUUUUGCAAAAGGAGGUGGAAUUCAUCUUUUCCGAGGAAUGCAAAAAGGCCUUCCAAACGUUGAAGGAAAAACUAGUAACCGCGCCUAUCAUUCAAGCACCCGAUUGGUCUCUUCCUUUUGAGAUCAUGUGUGACGCCAGCGACUAUGCGGUAGGGGCCAUCUUGGGCCAAAAGGUUGGAAGGGCCUCUCAUGUUAUCUACUAUGCAUCCACCACCCUAAAUGAUGCCCAGCGCAACUACGCCACCACCGAAAAAGAAAUGCUGGCUGUCGUCUAUGCACUUGAAAAAUUCAUGUCAUACUUACUUGGAACCAAGGUGAUAAUUUACACCGAUCAUGCAGCUCUUAGGUUCUUAAUGACAAAAAAGGAAGCCAAACCAAGGUUGAUACGGUGGAUACUUCUUUUGAGCGAGUUCGAUGUGGAGAUCAAAGACAAGAAGGGCAUGGAGAACUUAGUGGCCGACCACUUGAGCCGUUUAGUUCUUGAUGAGGGGAACGAUCACAUCAAAGAUUAUAUCCGAGGGGAAUUUCCCGAUGAGACCCUUUUCUCUCUAAAGGAAAUUCACCCUUGGUAUGCACAUAUUGUUAAUUUCCUUGUUCUAAACAGGUUCCCACCAAGCUUCUCUAAAGCUCAAAAAGAGAAACUUCAACACGAUGCAAAACAAUACGUGUGGGAUGAACCAUACUUAUGGAAACACUGCAAGGACCAAGUGAUUCGAAGAUGCAUUCCUGAAACAGAGAUAGCAUCCAUCCUCUCAUUUUGUCACUCACAUGCAUGCGGUGGUCAUUUUGGAGGAAAAAGAACAUCAAUGAAGGUGCUAGAAUGCGGUUUUUGGUGGCCGAGCUUAUUUCGAGAUGCCCAUGCCUUUUGUCGAUCUUGUGACAAUUGCCAACGCAUGGGCAACAUCUCUCGAAAACAUGAAAUGCCACAAGUUCCUAUGCUCUACGUUGAAAUCUUUGAUGUGAGGGGAAUAGAUUUCAUGGGACCUUUUCCUAAUUCCCAUGGAAAUUUAUAUAUUCUCUUGGCGGUGGACUACGUGUCAAAAUGGGUGGAAGCAAAAACCACCAAGACCGAUGAUGCCAAAGUAGUGACGGACUUCCUCAAAACCCGUAUUUUUUCAAGGUUUGGAAUUCCACGAGUUUUAAUAAGCGACAGGGGUACUCACUUCUACAACAAAACUGUGAGUGCCUUGUUGAAGAAGUAUGGCGUCACUCAUAAACUCUCCACCGCCUACCACCCACAAACAAACGGGCAAGCCGAAGUCUCAAACAGGGAGCUGAAGUCUAUACUCCAAAAGACAGUGAAUCCUAACCGAAAAGAUUGGAGUCUUCGCAUGGAUGAUGCCUUAUGGGCAUAUAGAACCGCUUUCAAGACCCCUAUUGGGAUGUCACCCUAUAGAUUUGUAUUCGGGAAAGCGUGUCAUCUCCCAGUCGAACUCGAACAUAAGUCUUAUUGGGCGGUGAGAACAUUCAAUCUUGACAUGGAGCAAGCGGGGAGACAAAGGAAGCUACAACUCCAAGAGCUAGAGGAGCUUCGACUGGAGUCCUAUGAGAACGCGGCCAUCUACAAAGAAAAGACGAAGGUAUGGCAUGACAAAAUGAUAACAAGAAAGGAUUUCAAAAUUGGAGACAAAGUCCUUCUUUUUAGAUUACGCCUUCGUCUUUUCCCCGGUAAGUUAAGAUCAAGGUGGGAAGGACCAUUCGAGGUGGUCAAAGUCUACUCACAUGGAGCGAUUGAGAUCAAAAGCCUUGACACCGAUAAAAUCUUCAAGGUUAACGGGCAUCAACUCAAACCGUUCCUUGAAGGUUUCCAAAAAGAAAGCGCUGAAUGCAUGGAUCUCUUCGAUCCAAUCUGAUAAGGAUGAACACUACCAUGGCGUCGUGCCGCGACGUUAAAUAAGGCGCUUCUUGGGAGGCAACCCAAGCCAAGGUACGCAUUUUUUUUAUCUUUUCUUUUCAAUUUUUUGAUUUGGAAUGUCAACUUUGAGAAAAUGGGGAGAUUCUCAAAAGAAAAUAAGGGAAAAAUCAUGUUUUUGAAAGGCUGGGAAAAUCUCCGAUCGGUCAUCAUCACUUAUCCGGCCGGAUCCAUACCAAAAAAGAGGAUAAAAUUGGAAAAAAUCACACCCCAGGGUAGUGUACCCGAUCGG